AUGACAACCCCAAAAGUAGCCCUCAUAACCGCCGGAUCGCGCGGCGUCGGCGCAGCGGUCGCCCGCGCCCUCGCCCGCGACGCGCACCUCCGCGUGGCCAUCAACUACCACUCCGACCACACGGCCGCAAACGCGCUGAUCGAGGAGCUCGCCACCCUCUCGCCAUUACCACACAACUCCGCCACACCGAACUUCAUCGCGCUGCAGGGCGACAUGGCGCGUCGGGAGGAGAUCACGCGCGUGGUCGCAGAGACGGUGCGCGCCUUCGGGCGGCUGGACGUCGUCGUCUCGAAUGCGGGCUGGACCCGGAUGACAGACUUCAUGGAUCUAGAUGAAGCAGACCAUGAAGACGACUGGGAUCGGUGCUUUCAGGUCAAUGUGAAGAGUCAUUUCCAGCUGUUUCAUGCGGCGCGUCCGUAUUUGGAUGCCGCCGGGGGAUGCUUUGUGGCGACGGCGUCGGUGGCGGGGGUGAAGCCGAGUGGGAGUAGUUUGCCUUAUGCCGUUACCAAGGCCGCGUUGAUUCAUCUCAUGCGCAGUCUGGCGGUGAUUGCUGCGCCGACGAUUCGGGUGAAUUCUGUCGCGCCAGGGGUGCUUUUGACGGAUUGGGGCCGCCAGUUCUCGGAGGAGAAGCUUCGCUCGGUUCAGGAGAAGAAUGCGCUCAAGCGAUUCGCUACCCCUGAGGAUGUAGCAGAUCAAGUCCGCUUCCUAGCGACGAGUUCCUCGAUCACAGGGCAGAAUAUUGUGAUAGAUGCAGGGUUUUCUCUCUGA